ACCUGCGAGGCCACCAGUCGUGGUGCAAGCCCGAGGGCGGACACUGGCACCACAACCCGCCAUGUGUGCCGUGGCAAUCAGUGGCGACCUGGGUCUAGCUGAGGCAACAGUUGGUUCAUCGCUCGCGCCUGAAACGUGCGUCCUUUGGCAGAAUCCCCCGAGGAGAUGGCUCGCUUUCCGCUGAUGGUCGUUAGGUCCAUGAUGGUGCUUGGGAUCUGUAGCAGAGCUUACAGUUACUCUUGUGGGAGCGUUAUGUGUGCUACAACAUUCGAGAUUAUCAGUAGAAAACGCAUUUGUAAUGGCAGACAGGACUGCAGUGACAACUCAGACGAAGACAUGUGCAACGGAGGAACUCUAAGACUACUUCCUUCUACCACAACCACCACUACUACUACGACCACCACAACUACCACGACGCCCGCCCCCACCCCUCCCCCACCCAACAACGUGGAGGAGAGCGAGGCGCUGGGUCAGAAGUUCGCUCGGACCUUCAACGACACACUCCACCACCCAAGCUGCCCCAAGCUCUACACCAGCGUCGGGAACAAGUGCCUCUCUCUCCUCUACUUCGUCAAGGUCGGCUGGGGGGAGGCGAGGGCCCUGUGCUCGGCCGUCGGCGGGGAGCUGGUUCGCUAUCCUUCUGCCUCCGACGGGGAGUUUGCUGCUCUCCUGAAGUACCUGCGGGAGAUUCAGAUGACGACGGACUUCUGGGUGGGAGGCCGGUACACGAAGGACACCGAGGCGUGGGCGUGGCUGGACGACGCCCCGAUGGACCUCGGCUCGCCCUACUGGGCCGUCAGACACACCGACAGAUGCAGCAGCCGCCAGCAGGAGUCGGCGCCAGACGGCAAGCCUGAGGACGUCGCCUACUGGACGAACACUUCGGCCUGCUAUCACUACGAGCAGGCGCCCCGGCGCGACUCCCACGAGCUCUGCGCCGCCGUCACCUUCCGCCACUACUUCUACAUUAGCGACGAGGACUGCCUCAGCGUCAGGAGCCCUCUGUGUGAACAUGUUCCCAGCACCGCUCAUGACCUCACGCUCGCUAGCAAUCCAUGAGCGUUGUACUACUUCAAGAACCCUUUUUGACUUUUUGAUUUUUAUCAUGAAUCAGUUAUGCUUUUGAAUUGACAUAUCUUGUGAAAAACGGUUAAAUAAGACUUUAUGAUAGUAUAGACUUAAUACAAAAUACUUGAAGAAUUACAAUUAAGUUGCUUUAUAAUUAUUGUAUAUUUAGUUAUAAAAUGUUGAUAUAAAUACCGUAAUUGCAGAUGCAUGUAAAAUACUUGAAUAAUUACUCACAAAUAUAUAUAUACAUAUAUAUAUAUACAUGUACAAUGUGUAUAUAUAUAUAUAUAUUUUUUUUUUAGCAUAGUAAUAUGUACGUAAUUCAAAGGGCCUAUCGCACGAGUACAUUAUCGUGUACUCGGUGCAAUCAAGAAGUCUCCCUUGUACUUUCUAUAGUUUUGUACAAGCUAGCGCGUGUCCACGAAGUUUCUUUGCUUUAUUAGAAUAUGCUUGAUUAUAAUAGGGCAAGUGCAAACAUAGCUUCACAUAAUUAUUCUUAAAGUUUUUGUGAAAAUAACGUCGGCGUUCAUUUGUUUUAUAAACAAUGAAACUAAUACGCUUCGGCUGUAGUGCAUUUUUAAACAUAUUUGCACUGGCUUGCUGUCUUCCUGCAAUCGAGUCCACCGGCUUUUUUUAGUCCUUCCUUCUCUCCUGUUGAGUAGAGACAAGCUAAAGACAAGACAAGAUACUGCAAUAUUGUGAUAGGUCAGUGUCCACCAUUGCCAGUGUUCACAUGUGCGAAUCCAGAUUAACCGCGCGCACUCGUGUCAUAUAAAAUACACGAUGUGUGUCAAGAAUACGUUGUGCACAGUAGAAAGUGCACGAUAAUUAUAUUUCUUGUGUGACCGGUUAUUCGGCGAUCGUUUCAGUGAUAGCAAAUUAACUGUCAUGAACUUGACUGAGUCAGAAUAUCAAACGAUCCUCAAAUGCCCUAUAUAUCAUACCUUUUAUCCUCAUCUGUAAUUUUGUUUACAAGACUGUUACAUAAAUAAAGCCUCAGAUUUAAGGUGUUCUCACCGUGACGCUUUAGAGAUAUCUUAACCUCCUGACAUGCCUAGGUGUCCUCACUGGAUAGGGGGUGAGAACCAAGCAAAAAAGGAUGACUUAGAUAGGCAUCUCUGAAUGUAUACAUAUGCAAUGUACAUGUCAUCUGUGUUUGUAUAUGUUAAUAAACAGGUUUAUAUAUA